UUUUCCUUUGCUGGUGCAUUUUUUUCGAAUUGGGUGGUAAACUUGAUCACCCAAUUUGCUCAGUUCAGGGAAGAGAAAGUUAAAGGUCUCUGAACUGGGCAAUUAGCUGACUUCCAAUGUAUGCCGAAUAAUUGGUUUUUUUUCAUGGAUUUAGAUGGAGGGUCUCCUCAUAUUUUUCCAAUGGAGAACUUUGUUUCUAGUGGUUUGGGAGUUCAUUUGUUUUCGCUGUUUAGUUCGUUUGUUGACAGCUCUUUGUACCAUUCCAAACAAUUGUAUGUGCCUGGUAGUCUUGCGUUUCCAGAAGCUUUUAGUUGCAUGUCAAAGUUUACAGGGGCUGUUCUGUUUUGGUUCUCUACCAUGUCAACUUCGAGGCUGAGUAGGGACAUAUCAUCUGGUAACCAGCGUGGUGGUUGCAAGUCUUCAGCUCUGGUUAAACACAUUGCUUCUUGUAAGAACAAUAUUCCUGGGUUUUGCUUCUCUUCGGAUUCAAGAGGCUUAUCAGCCACUCCACUAUUUAUUGGUAAAAUUUCGAGUUAUGCAAUGACAAACUUCUUUGGAGAAGCAGAAGCACUUCAACACAUUCCUUUGCUGUCCUUAGCUGCUGCUCUGAUUCCACCAUUAGACAACUUAUCUUCAGAGGCACUAGCCGUUCCUCUUGAUAACGCAGAAGUUAAAAUGCCAGAAUACAUAGACAGAAGGCCUUGUGAAGUUGGUCAAGAAUGUGGCAGUCUAUCUUUUCUAGAUUUGAACUGGAGACGACAUGCUGUAGAAUCCAAAACCGGCAUUGAGUUCCCAACAAUCUUGGAUAACAUAUCAGAAAUGCAAUAUAAUUCCAGUUUAGCUUCCGAGGUGCUUGUUGGUACUGGAUCAAGAACCAUGAAGAUAAUCAAAAUUAAGUCUCUGAAGGUGUAUGCAUUUGGUUUUUAUAUUCAUCCGCACUCCAUUUGCCAGAAAUUGGGUGCAAAGUAUGCUUCUAUACCCGUGGGUGAACUGAACAAAAACAAUUAUUUUUAUCAGGAUCUUCUGAGGGAAGAUAUUGGUAUGACAGUUAGGCUAGUGGUAAACUGCAAUGGAAUGAAAGUAAAUACAGUUAGAGACGCAUUUGAAAAAUCUCUUCGAGCGCGUUUAGUAAAGACAAAUCCCAACACAGAUUAUCGUUGCCUCAGUACAUUCGGUUCCUACUUCACUCAUGAUAUUUCAUUGCCUGCUGGAACAAUAAUAGACUUCCAAAGGACAGCUGAUGGACAACUAAUCACCAAAAUUGGAGGUGACCAGAUUGGAGCUGUCCAUAGCAAGGAUUUAUGCAGGGCUUUCUUCGACAUGUACAUCGGAGAUUUCCCGGUGUCUGAGCAAUCAAAAGAAGACAUUGGCCGAAACAUCGCAAGCAUCAUGAGGAGAUGCUGAAGUGGCUUGUUUCCCAUCACCAUUUUUUUCCAGUUUUUAAACGAGCAAAAUGGCGCUACCGGAUUCAAGGAACUCGAGGAUGUUUAUACUGUACUGUCGAGGGGUUUGGCUGAUGAACAAAAACAAGAGGGAGAAUCAGGAAAACUCAAUGCAAAACAUUGCAAUUGUUUUUGUUAGGAUAGUUUUAAACACACAUUCUUUGUAGAUUUGUUAUAAUCAUCA